AUGGUCUCCAGGUCUUGCCCCCGGGUAUACGGUGGACGGCUGGCGAGCCUGUACCUCGGCCUGGGAGGUCAAAAGCGAUCGAAUUGCGAAAAAAAAAUACAGAUCCGCAACGUUCGUAACUCGCCCGGCAACAAAGCCUACUACAACUUGUAUCCGGCGUCCACUGAGACCGCAGCAUGCGUCGACCACCUUACGCAAGCCGGCGCCGUGAUCGUGGGCACUACCAACCUUGGCUCAUUCACCACAGAGAGGAGACUUUUGGGUGUAUCGACUGGCAAGUACCGUGGAACCCGCGUGGCGAUGGGGGGAUUGGGGGAGGAUACGCACCAGAACAUUCUCGUGGCAACCUUCGCGGUCACGAAGCCCACCGGUGCGCAAUGGAAGCUCAUCACCGACCAAGUAGCUGGCACGAGAUCGGCUACGUACGAGUUCUCCGCCAACGUCUUGGAGGAGCUGUCGAUAUUCGAUAUCGACAACAAUGACAUCCGAGAUGACCGUGUGCAUUCUCCCGAGAACGAGCGCAUCGGUGUCAAUCAGUCAGCAAACAACGCCGACUUUGACAAGGCGAUGAACGAGUGGAUGGAGCUGAACGGCUCCUACGACCAGGACGACCCAUAUCUGGUCACAAUCCACAACGUCGACGACGAGAAACUGGAACGGGCACGCAGAGCACAGAGCGAUGGAAGCGACGUCGUGUGUAGUUGUACCAGGUCCCGCCUCCUGCGCUGGGGCAGCCGCCACGACAGCAACGGAAGCGUCACUGUGGCCGGUUCUGAGACGUCACCGGACGAAAUGGACGUCGACACGAGCAUGGAUAGCGACAGUCCCAGCUUCUGCAUCGACUCUGUCCAGCGGCGCAACUGGGGAAUCAUUGAUCUGGAGAAGGAUAGUGGACGCGUAGGACAGACCCGUCCAUGGCGGUGGCCGUGGACCGAACCUACCUAG